AUGACCGCUGCGGGAGUCUCUCCGUCCAGCUCCCCGCGGCUUCCUAGCCCUCCUCCUUUGACUGAGGUUCAGAUUGGGCCUCAGUCGCCAUCAAUCGGCGAACCCUUUGGAACUGAUCUGGAGCUCUUGGGGUCAGCAAGUGGAGAGGAUGAUGGCUCGACACGCAGAAUUCGGCCCGGUACUCGAGCAGCCGACAUGGCUUUUGGUCCGCCGCUGAUUCCCCUGUCGCAGCUCGACUCUCCUUUCCAGCUUCAGGAGCACCUCAAAGCUCUAUACCAUCAUUUUACGAAACCCGAAGGAUCUGACACGGUGGUCCCAAUCAAUCGCCAGGUUGCGGUACAGCUAGCGGAGCCCCCCGAGGGAGUUGACCGAUCGCUUUGGCUUUAUGAGCUAUGUCGCUUUCUCACCAUGAAAGUAAAUAACCUCAUUAUCGCCUUUUUCGCUGAAAGCCCGCCCUGCUCGUCGCAAACGUGCCCCGAGAUGCGAGCAUCGGAGUGGCAGUAUCUUUGCGCAGUUCACGAUCCACCCAAAUCUUGCUGUGCAAUUGACUACUGCUGUCACACUCUGGAUUGGGCGACGAAUACCCUGACUUCGCCAAAAUACUUCCCCAGUCGACUCACCUUGGGCUCCGAGGGCGCUGGGGGCCCCCAGGCCAGCAUGAGACAUCUGACCAACAUCUUCCGCCGUCUUUACCGCAUUUUCGCACACGCCUGGUUCCAGCACCGCGACGUUUUCUGGGAAGUGGAAGGACAUGAUGGUCUGUAUGUGUUUUUCAAAACCGUUUGCGACAUGUACAACCUCAUCCCGCAAGACAACUACACAAUUCCACCAGAGGCUGAGGGCCCUGAUGCGGUCUUGCCAGCCGAAGAGGAAGCUGUCGACAACAAGCGUCUGACUAUUCUGCGUAAGGACGAAGACCCGUUUGCUGAUCCAGCCCUUGGCACUGGUGCAACAACUCGUCGUCACAAGCAUAGCCCUUCGACUGGAUCCCGGGUCACGACCAUUGCUGAAGGCGCAGAAGAUUUGGAAGACAGCCCCGAGGACCCCUCUCCCUUGCGUGAGGCUCUUGCGCAAUCCCCGGGACCGCGUCCUAUUUCUGUUUUGGAGGUCCCGGCUGCAACCGACAAUGCAUCUGCCGUGGAUGAACCCGCCGCCGAACAGGGAGAGCCUUCUGAUGAACCGAUCGUGGACUCAGAGGAGAAGCCCGAGGAGCAGCCCGAAGAACAGACACAAUUGGAGGUUCAAGCCGAACCAUCCGAGGCACCUGAGGAGCCGGAAUCCACAGAGCAGCCUGAGACAGAGCAGCCUGAGACAGAGCAGCCUGAGACAGAGCAGCCUGAGACAGAGCAGCCUGAGACAGAGCAGCCUGAGGUCAAGGAGCCUGGAGCUGAGAAGCCAGACACCAGCGAGACCGAGAAACUGCCAGAGAACGCUCCCACUGAAACUGAACAAGUGGCCGCGCCACCUGAUGAGCCUGAAACGAAGAAUGAACCCGUGUCAGAAGUUGCAGCUGCGUCGGAUACCAAGCCCGAACCCGAGAAGGAGUCUUGA